ACUUGGUGUUGUGUUAUGCCAUUCUCCAUGGAAAUAGUAAAGAAUAUAAUAAGGCAAUGUACUUUAAGAUUGUUAAGGGUGACUAUUAUAAUGACAUUUUUGUCGCUUAUCAUCAUGUCGUAUGGGGAACUGCUGCUGUUGCACUGGCAGGACUGCUUGGAACUGUAAGGGCACAAGAUCGACCAUUGACUGACUUGCAAAAGAUAGUUGUAGUUGGAGCUGGAAGUGCAGGGCUUGGUGUUUUGAACAUGGCUGCACAGGCUGUUUCAAGAAUGGCAGGAGCUGAAGUAAAUCCUCUGUUUUUCCUACUUGAUAAAGAUGGUCUCAUUACAACGAAAAGUAAGGGUGUUGAUCCAGCAGCUGCACCAUUUGCUAAAGCCCCUGGGGAGAUCGAGGGUUUGGGACUUAGGGUGGGAGCAAAUCUCGUUAAACUGCAGGGCACUAAGCACAACAAUGGCAGAGUGUAUCCUCUUUUUGAGCUUGCAGAAUGCACUGCUGUUGAUGCUUUCAAUCAUGCUGGAGAAAAUAUAGUUUUUGCAAGCGGGAGCCCUUUCAAAAAUGUUGACCUUGGAAUGGAAGUGGGUCAUGUAAAUCAAGCAAAUCAAGCAAAUAACAUGUAUUUGUUUCCUGGGAUUAAGAUGGGAACUCUUCUCUCAGGUGCUCAUUUGAUUUCAGAUGGAAUGUCGCAAGCAG